CUAGCUUGUAUAUCCCCUGAACGCACGCACACUGCCAGUUCUGACUGUAAUGUAUUGGGUUCUCUCUUUCGUGCUAAGACUAAGCUGCGGGAGUGUUGUAUAGUUCCCCUUCGGCCUCCGUUUGUCAGCACCUGGCUGCCUUUAUUCAAGGACGGUAGUCUUCAGGUGGGGUGUCCUGCUCCGUCUGUAAGAACCUAUGUGCCUAGGAGUGUGACACACCACUGAUCCAUGGCUACCUCAGGCUCCACCCCUCCUCUUCCUCUCCCCAUUGCUGCCACUGUGCCUGAGGAUUUCCAUUAUGAAACCAAGUACAUUGUGCUCACCUACCUGGGACGGCUGCCUGCUGGUAGGCGGCAUAACGAGCGUACGGCAUCUGAAGGCGACUCAAAGCGCGAGUUCACUGGUAAUGUUAAAGAGCAAGUUGAAGAAGAGCUAAAACGACUUGAAGAUGAAAUUGCGGCGUCAUUUUCCAGCACAGGCUUUGACCGUCACACGUCACUGGUGUUUAAUCCAGUCAACCCCGAGACAUCAAUUGAAGACUGUCUAGCUGAGCUUGGAGACCGCUUGGUCAGAGAACUGGAUGCACAUCUUGAAAGAGCCGUACACGCACUCCUCGCAGGGCCUUUGGAGUACGAGAGAUUCCGUGAUACAACACUGGCCCUGUUAGCACACACACAGGAAGUGUGGAGCAAGGUGCUUGUGCCUUUGGUGCUGCUUCAGGCUUUACAAAGUGAAGCUCACUCUGUGUCAACCCUGCUUCAACUUGGAGUGCGCUUCCUGGAGGAAUCUCAAUGUGAAUACAUCAGCCAGAAAGGGGGAUACGGUGAAAUAUUUGGCCUCUGUUUGGAAGAAGAGCGAGGCGUUGCCGUCGCAGAAGACAGCAACGACAUCUACAUCCUUUCAGGGGAGCAAGCACCAGACCAGUUGAGUCCACCUUCUUCUCUUCUGUGCACGGGCGACAACAGCAGCGGGCACAGCUCCUGGCAGACAGAGAGCUUACCCGUGUCGUUGGCCGGCCACGAGUCGUGGGCGCAGGUGUGCGCGAUGGACCCUGAAGAUAUCAAGAGCUUGGACAGCAAUGAGGGCGUCGCUCUGGUCGAAGAGCGCAGCGAGAACAACUCUUCCAACUCGGACAUUGUCCACGUGGAGCGUGAGGAAGCAGAGAUGCUGGAGGAGGGCGCUGAAGGGGGCGCCAUAGAGGAGAGCAUGAUGAGCGUUUUGGGAACGGAGAGUGAGCUUGCCCAGCUCAGGGAGGAGAUAACAAGCCAGAUUGCUCUUGCUCCCGUGACCGUGGAGGAACAUGCCUCCCUGAUUUCACUGGAGGAUCCUGUUGUGAUAGAAACGCCUUUAAGCUUGUCAACGGAACCUUCCCUCAUCUCUUUAGAACCGGAGCGUCCUCCUCCGGUUCCAGAAGCUACUGCUCUCCCUUCACUUGAACCUCAACCUUCAGCUCCCUUAGCAGUUACUGUAAUGGAACCAGAGCCUGAAUCAGAAAGGGCCAUUGCUCCUGUUCUUGAUGAGGCAGCAACCCUAUCUCCAGCUAAGCAGGCCCAAAUCACAAAGCCUGAGUCUUCUGAACCACAAUCGGAGCUGGCAACCGUUCCUCCCCAGCAAGAACCAGAAGCCCCGAACGAACCUGAGGCACCACCACCACCAGCUGAAAUAUUAGUUCCGGAGACCCAUGCACAAGCAGUCACUGAGGAGCCUUCCGUGCAGCCGGAACCAGAAUCUGAGCUCCAAGCUCUGAUAUAUGGUGGAGCUGCACUGGUGCUCCUCACUGCUGUGAUGGCUUAUGGUGUCAUCAGCUACAGAAGAAAAUAGAUGAACUUGUUUCCUUCUCAGGGGAUUUGAUUAAAGAAUGUUGUGGUAGAAAUCAAAAGAUUUAGUACGCUGUAGAUGUUUUUGCCAUUUUGAGGCCACAUUUAAAACCUGAGGCCUCCGACCCGCUCAAUGUUUAAGCACAGAAAAGGGAAAUGAAUUCACUCCUAUAGUCUGUUCAAAUGACCUUUCUUGGGCCCCCCCUCCUGCAGUUUCAUGUGCCAUGUGAUUCUCCUGACAAAUGUUUAAAUUGUCAUUAGGAAUUAUACUACCGCUGUUAUUCCUAUAUUUUUGACUUAGUAUGGAUCCUAAAAAUCAUUCAUUGGUUGCAAUGGGAAUGCUGCAUUACACAUGAAAAUAUUAACCCAUUUUUGAGUACUGUAUAGAUGAACUUAAGCAUACAUUUGCUGCAGAUUAAAUACAUUUUCCCAUCGA